UCAGGCUUCUGCAGGGGCAGCUGAGCAGGACCCACAGCUCAUGUGUGGGAUGGAUUCAUUACAGUUGCUCUCAGUGGCUGCCACAACUGAUCUGUGCAACAGGGAGCCGGAGCUGAACCUCCUCUGUGCAUGAAAACACUCUGCAAACAUGGCUGGUAAGAUUCAGAGUCUGACUGAGGAGGAGAGGGCCCACCUCCUGCCCCUGCUACGCAACGCUCAGUGGGUGGAGGUUGUGGGGCGGGACGCCAUUUACAAAGAGUUUGUAUUUAAAGACUUUAAUCAGGCUUUUGGUUUCAUGUCCAGAGUGGCUCUACAAGCGGAGAAGAUGGACCAUCAUCCCGAGUGGUUCAAUGUCUAUAAUAAGGUCCAGAUCACUCUCAGCACACAUGACUGUGGAGGGCUGUCCCAGCGUGACAUCACUUUGGCCACGUUCAUGGACCAAGCAUCUGUGAUGUGACCAACACACUUUCAGUGGAAGUCAUACAUCCUCAUAUUGUGACAUGCAGAACCCAGAGAAUAUGAACUAGUCUUUCGGUUGAAUAACGUAGCCGUCUGUAAAGGGUCCAAUGUGUUUUUGAAAAUAUGCUGUUGUUGGUUUUGCACACGGUGAAUGAGAUUAUUGGCCAAAGGAAAAGGUAAAAUCAUGUUUACACAUCAAAGUCUAAAAGUGAUUCCUCAGCAACCAUUCCAGUUGUCAUUACAUAUUACAUUCACACCGGUGCGUGUUUCCCUCUGUCGCAGCAUGUCUUAUGUGCCUAAUGUUUUUGUACUUGACUGUCAGUAAAAAGUAAUUUUCCUGAAAAA